GAAAUUCCCAAUCUUCUUUGUUUCUGCAUCCAUCAGCAAUGUCCUCCUUCCUCCACCAGAGAACUUUGCAGAACCCUUUCUCCAACCCAUUUCCCGUUUCAGCUUCAUCUUCAACCAAUUCCAAGAGAUCCUUCUCCUCCGUUCUGGACCCCACCACCCUCCUUGCCCUGCUCGCUCUCGUGGUCGUAGUGGGCGUCUUCUGCCCCUGGCUCGGCAUGCCCCAGGCUCUCUCCUUUACUUUAACUUCAACCUCAGCUUCCAAAUGGGACCACUACACACUGGAACAAGCUCUCUCCUUCGUGGCCAAAAAUGGCUCCGUCAUCGUCUGCAUUGUCAGCCAACCCUACUUGCCCUUCCUCAACAACUGGUUGAUUAGUAUCGCCAUGCAGGAUCGCCAAGAUAUGGUCCUUGUCAUUGCUGAGGACUACGCCUCGCUCCACCGGGUCAAUGAUCUUUGGCCUGGCCACGCUGUUCUCAUCCCUCCCGUGCUUGAUGCUGAAGCUGCCCAUAAGUUUGGCUCUCAGGGUUUCUUCAACUUUACAGCCAGGAGGCCAAGACAUCUGCUGAAGAUUUUGGAGCUUGGAUAUGGUGUGAUGUACAAUGAUGUUGAUAUGGUUUGGUUGGCUGAUCCAUUUCCUUAUCUUGUAGGGAACCAUGAUGUGUACUUUACUGAUGAUAUGACUACAAUCAAACCAUUGAACCAUUCUCACGAUUUACCACCACCAGGAAAAAAAGGCCGUCCUUACAUUUGUAGCUGCAUGAUUUUCCUCCGCCCUACCAAUGAAGCAAAGCUAGUUUUGAAAAAGUGGAUUGAGGAACUUCAGAUUCAACCGUGGACUAAAACUGUGAAAUCUAAUGACCAGCCUGCUUUUAACUGGGCUUUGAUGAAGAUUGCUAAAGAGGUUGAUAUGUACCUGCUGCCACAGGCAGCAUUCCCCACCGGCGGAUUAUAUUUCAAGAACAAGACAUGGGUGAAGGAAACUAAAGGCAUGCAUGUUAUCAUUCACAAUAACUAUAUCGUUGGGUUUGAGAAGAAAAUAAAGCGGUUUCGUGACUAUGGCUUGUGGUUGGUAGAUGAUCAUGCACACGAGUCCCCUCUAGGAACAUUAUGAUGACAAAACUUUCUUUAGCUUUGGUCCAAGCACUUCUAUUCACAAAAAUCCUUGUUCUGCCAAUUUGUUCAUCCUGCUUGAAUAAGUGGGUGUUUACUCCAGAUUAUAACUGUUGCUGUCAACAAUGCAACACUGACUAAAUGAUGGGUUGAGAGAAAAAAAGGAGCUUGUAAAAUGUAGAAGGAAGAGAAGGGUAGACUUCUAUUUGGUUCUUCAUAGUUGUACCUGAUGUAUAAUGUUUACUAAGAAUAUUCUUCCAUUGUAAGAAUUAUUAAUUUGGCAUAUAUAAUAUAAUAUGAAAGGGAAAUACUGGAUUCAGUAUAACAAA